AUGAACACGAAGGCGCAACUUAUCCUGAUCCUCUGCCUGGCUCUGAACAUCUCCGGCAAUCCGUCAUGGCAUCCCCUUUCCCCGCUCCCCCCUCCCCCAACUAUCGCCCAUCGCAUGCAACAGAAUCAAGUACUUCUCUCACUCCGAUUGCGAGGAGGACGGAAGAAGUAUGGCAUCUCCUUCCCCGAUGACAUGGCAAGCAUCAAAGUAGCCGUCAGUAGCUCUCUCGCGAGCCGCGAGCCCCUCAUGAUCCGGCGCGGCAUCUACAAAUGGAACGGCCAGAUUUUCAUACUUGAGGGUCAGAGGUUGGUCCUGGCUGGCCCCGAUCCUCCGGCAGGAGAGCAUGCUCCUAGUCCAGAGAUCCCCAACUCCUCCAACGAGACCCAGCGCGUUCCCUGUGUCCUCCUGGGCUCCUGGUGCAUGACGGAGGGCAGCCAUGGCGCUUUUUGCGACAAUGUGCUGCUGCUCCAUCAGAGUCUGGGCUCACGAGGAGUGCAGGAGACUUCAAGGGCCGCAUGCUUCACGUUGCAGGGGGGACCAUGGUACCUCGAGCGCGUGCACGUCUGGAGCCACGGCGGGGUAGCGAUGUUCUGCCAGUGGUACUCCAACACGGUCGUCAAGGAGUCGGGGAUAGGAGGAGAGUCGGACGAGAGGGACUUGAGGGCCUACCGCGCGAUCGAGAUGUUCGACAGCAGCCGUUUCGAAGCGUCCUUGUGCGAGAUAGGCAACACCACGGGAUCGAUUUCUUGGCUGAAGGAGGGCCACAACCGUGAAGAUCCGAGCGGGGAGAAGCAGGAAGAAGCUUCAGAAGUCCGUGAGCUGUCGAGCAUCGACCUGUCUGAUGGCUCCAAAGAGAAUCAGGAGAUGGAAGUUGUCUCUGAACAAUUCGGCUGUGCCCUUUGCAUCCGAGACGCCUCGUUUGCGUCCUUCUUUCAAAGCACCUUGAGCAGCAAUGGAAUCGCGUUCGACAUCGACGGAACCAUCCGCCUGUUGCUCAACGCCUCCCUUGUGAAGCCAUGUGGAGAGGGAACUUUCAAGAGUGGGGAGGACUGCGAGAACAGCGCGAUCAGCAUGAUGGAGACGAUAAUCCAUGGUACUCGGGUAUGGAUAGGAGACAGAAGGCCAGGGAUCCUUGGGGACAGGCACAAAGGGGAGACAGCCCUCGAGUUCACGACCUUCGUCGAUGGGGAUGAUGCAUCUGGCAGUGAAGAGAGGGAGAAGGAGAGAAAGAGACGAUACCUCCGGGACCAGGGCAAGGUGGGCAAGAACGUGGACUUCAUCAUGGAGGAUGUGGCGGCACCUCGUGAACUUGACGAACUCGAUCCGGCUCUCUUCGUGAAGAGUGAUAGCUCUGGCAUCGAUAAAGGACAGGGAGGGGAAGACUGGUCAGGGGAAGGCACUAGCACAGACACAGCCGUCGCUCCUUCAGCAAGUAAACCGAAGGAGCAGGAGACUUCCAAGAAAAUGAGAAAAAGACCGACGGCGAGGAAGGCAGCGGAGGAGGGAGGGGGGGUACAGAAAUCACGAAGGGGGACCAGGAAGAAGGAGCAGGGUGAAGGACAAGAGCAAACUCCCAAGAGAAGGAGGACGAGAAAGAAGAAGGAGAUUGAGUUGCAAGAUGAGGAGCAAGCAAGGGCUCAGUCUUCUUCUCAAGGUAGCCGUUCCUUGCAUGACGACGAAGCGCUGGAGGCAGAGGGAGAAAUCAAGUCUGAAGGCAAGACAAUGAGAUUCUCUGUGUUGUCUGCCGUUCCAAACUCUGACUCUCAGAAUGCAGAAGAAGAAUCCCGGCUUGAGCUACAUCAGCUCGUGCAGACUGCCAUACGAGCUCCUCCAAAGGAACCUGACGCCUCGGACGGGGACCAUGCUUGA